AUGUUCAAGAAAGAAUUGCCCACAGUCCCCAAAUCCAAGCUGAAAUCCUCAGUCCAGCGAUCACUGCGGCAAUCCCUUCUUACAACCUACCCGCUUCUUAACCGCUACAUUGAUGAAAUCCUACCGAAAAAAGGCUCUCUAGAGGCCAUGAAAUUACCCGACCGCUACACGCUCUACGUCCUCGACAGCCAACCUUUGUUCUUCCAAAUCGACACUGACACUCUGCUCCCCCACCUCAAGCUCGUCCACCGCUUUCCCGCCGGGUUCCCCAGUAUACGCAUCGACCGCGGCGCGAUUCGCUUUGUCCUAUCGGGCGCGACGCUCAUGGCGCCGGGAUUGACGAGCGCGGGCGGGCGGCUACCGAGUGGGGCGGGAGGAGACGAGGGGAUGGAUGAAGAGGAAAGGUGGACGCGCGAGCUGGAGAAGGGUGAACCCGUUGUUGUAAGGGCGGAGGGAAAGAUGGAGGCUUGUGCUGUUGGGCUUUUGGUUGAGGGCACGAAGGAGGUCAAGGAGAAGGGGAAGGGACCCGUCAUUGAAGAGGCGCAUUACCUUGGUGAUGGGCUUUGGAAGUUGAGCACGGAUUAG